UGUACCCAUCCCUGACCUACUCAGAAAUGCACCUUGAGACCAGGGACCACGUCCCCGCCGUCCUUCACUGCCCCAAAGCCAGGCUUAGAGCUAGCUAGAAAUGCGAGCUGGAGUGCUGAGGGCACGGCUGCCCUCUGCUCUAAUCCCCACUUUCAAACCACGCUUUCCAAUUCCAUUCUGGGGAUAAAAGUGUCUCAGAGCCUGAGACUGGCUUUCCCCGCCCUUCCCCAGCCAGAUGGGGAGGCAGGAGCUGCUCCGAUCCCUCCCCGGUUCAAGCAGAGGUUUCUGCUCCAGCUGUCACAAGUCCGAGACACAGGACCGCGGUGGAGGCCAAGAGAGGCAAGCAACACUGGCACAGCAGUGAUUGAGAAGAUAAGGAGGCUGAUCCACCGAGGGCGAGCCGGAAGGCGGGGGCCCAACUUGAGAUCAGUGCUGGGUGAGCUCUGUCCUGCCCCCUCCAUGCAGUUCCCCAUGGGCCCCGCCUGCAUCUUCUUGAGGAAGGGCAUCGCUGAGAAACAGCGGGAGAGACCACUGGGACAGGAUGAGAUCGAAGAGCUCCGGGAAGCAUUUCUCGAGUUUGACAAGGACCGAGACGGGUUCAUCUCUUACAAGGACCUGGGGAAUCUCAUGAGGACAAUGGGUUACAUGCCCACAGAGAUGGAGCUGACGGAGCUGGGCCAGCAGAUCCGCAUGAACUUGGGCGGCCGUGUAGACUUUGAGGACUUCGUGGAGCUGAUGACCCCCAAAUUGCUUGCAGAGACCGCCGGGAUGAUUGGCGUCCAGGAGAUGCGAGACGCCUUCAAGGAGUUCGAUGCCAACGGGGACGGGGAGAUCACGCUGGGGGAGCUGCAGCAGGCCAUGCAGCGGCUGCUGGGCGAGAAGCUCACGCCCCACGAGAUCGCCGAGGUCGUCCGGGAGGCCGACGUGAACGGGGACGGCACCGUGGACUUUGAAGAGUUUGUGAAGAUGAUGUCUCGUUGA